AUGGGUGGGGCUGCUAGUCCAAAAUCACUUACUACAAGCAAUUAUGAGACUGUGCUGAAACACCAAAACCCCUCUUGCAGGGCCUGCCUGACCAGGAAGAAGGCCACAUGCGACUUCCGAGUGAAGUGGCCAGAGCUAAUUUUCCAGGACCAGAAGAAAAAAGAGAUGGAACUUCCUCAAACUGGCCAAAGUGCCCCUGAAAAACUGGUCCCUGUCGCCAGCACCUGCUCCUCAGGGGUCAGCAUCACCAACAUAGACCUGCAGAGCAGUCCCAGUGAAAUCCAGGAUUUCAAAGGAGGGUUUGCUGUUGGCCGCCAAACUCCUCCUUCAGAGGCUCACCAUGUGACCAUUUUCAACAGCUUUCUGAAGCCAGCGUCUAUGACAAAGCAGGAGAAGAUGAUGAGGAGGAAGACCAUGGCGGCCAUGAGUAAGAUGCAUCAGGAAAUGGAAGCAGUUAAGAGCCGUCGGUCAGUACUGAUGAGGGACAUCAGGGAAACGCAGACGGCCAUAUCUCUGGAGGAAGAAGAACACAAGCCCCUCCUGGAGUACCUGAAGCAGAAGAAGGAAGAGAGUGAUAGGAAGUAUGACUCCCUCUGGAAAGACUACACCCAGCAGUGUCAGGAGAUAGAAGUCAAAAGGCGAGAGCUGCUCAACACCUUCUCCUCACGCACAGCCAACCUCAAGAAUCAGCUACUGAAGGACAGGAUGCUGGAUGCCACCUUGAGGAAGAAGCUGAAGGCCCUGAGGCCUGUUGUACAACUAAAGCAGAGCCAGAACAAAAAGAUCCAGGACUUAGAGAAGGAGGAAGCCAGCAUAUUAGCUAACACUCCCUUCAUGGAUCGAGAGAGACACUUUCAGUUCCUGAAGGAUAGGGCCGCCUUGGAGAAGCAAAUGGAGGAGCUGAACCUGCUGGAGUUGGGUGAGAACCUCACCAGGAAGCUAAAGAAGAAGGCCAAGGCCUUGGAGACUACGGCCAAUCAUGUUUUCAGGGACUUCUGCAAGGGUAUGUAUGCUGAGAGUAAGCAGCUGCAGACACAGCUCCAUCAGCUGGAUCAGGAUUUCUCUGAGCUGGAGGCCAGAAGGCAGAAGCUAGAACAGCGAAAACAACAGUGGAAAGAGCAGCACUGGUACUUGGAGGCCCUGGCCCGAGGGAGGCAGCGCUUGCAGCAGCGGGAGCGCCGCACCCCUAAACCACAGGCUGCUCCUCAGCCAAUACAGAGCCGUCUACUGGGUGCCAGGCCGAAAACCAAUCCAAAGUAA